UCUACCAGCUUGUCAGCUUGUGUCUACUUCACUUGCGCCAACGCGCAGGGACCGACGAACGAUGUAACAGUGGCGACGAAGAACCGGAAAGAAAAACCCUGGAUUCAAGCAGGACGUCAGCUACGACGAUGGCGCACCAGCAACUGCCUGACUUCGACGACGAAAAAGACAACUGGAAGGCGUAUGUCAUCAAAGCAGAAGCAUACCUUGAGGCAACAGCGGUGACAGAGUCAGCCAAGACACGGGCAUUGUUAGUGGCAGCCUUAAGUACUCGCACUGUCCAGAUACUAUCAGGAAGAAUAGCGCCCAAGAAGCCUAAUUCUUUAGAGUACGAGGACGUCGUGAAAGCCUUGGACGAGUUCUUUGAUCCCAAGCGCCAUGAGAUUGCAGAAAGUUUCCGCUUUUUCAACCGCUGCCAGCUGGAUGCUGAGCCGCCGACUGCAGAGCCGUCUACCAACACACAGGUCCUUCCGGAUGUAAUCUCCGAGUUUCCAGAUGACUUCAGCUCAGAACUAGGCCUCAUCAAUGGACCUGCGGCGCACCUUCAGCUGAAGGAGGGAGUCACACCCAAGUUCUUUUCGACAAGUGAAUCAGAUGAGUGGGCCCUGGCACCGGACACGAAUGUUUACAUCCGCAACUUUGGCAAAGGUGAAAAGUGGAAAACCGGUACGGUAAAGUCAGCCGACGGAGCGAUGACGGUGACAGUCGAGACGCCAGAGGGCCUUGUUCGGAGACAUGUGGAUCAAGUUCACACAAGGUUCGACUCGGUUGAACCCCACCGUAACAGGGAAGGAGAAAGUAUGCCUACGUCGAGAACUACCCAAGAAACUUCCGGAUCAGGGCCAAACGUAAAGGCGGAACUCCUUGAGCCACCACACCAGCUGCAGUCAUCAUCUCCAACCCAAGACCAGGAGAAGCAGAAGUCCAGGGAACCUACAGUGACCACAGAACUCCAGCGCUCAACCAGACAGCGGAAACCGGUGCAGCGUCUCCAAUAUUAUUGA